GCUAAUUUUAAUUGGAAUAAAAUGGCUAAGUUGAGAAUUUUGUGCUUGCAUGGGUUUUAUAAUAAUGUGCAGGUUAUGAAGCACCAGUUUGCUUAUUAUGAGUAUAUCUUUAGGGAUUAUAUUGAGUUUGAUUACCUCAAUGCUCCUUAUGAAUGAGAUGAGGUCUAUGAUCCAAGGAUUAAGGAGAAAUUCGAAGGUCCGUUCUAUAGGUGGACUGUUUAUGACCAGAAAACUAAAACUUACUCAGGAUUUGUAGAGAGUUGUAAGAUGAUCAAGGAUCAUUUUGAGAAUAAUGGAGAGUACGAUGGCAUCAUUGCCUUUUCACAAGGAGGAUACUUGAUUAGGACGAUGAUGAAGGCUGAUGCAAUUGGAAUGCCUGAAAUUAAGAUCACUCCUAAGUUUGUCUCUUUGGUAGGCUCUGCAGUUCCUCAUGAGCAUGUUUUUAAAGACAAGAAUGAAGGUAACUAUGAAUGCCCAGUCUUGUAUAUUUAUGGCAAGAAAGACCCUAUCAUUAAGGGACAUAAUUUGGCUAUUUGCCAAACAGGAGACUCGACUGCCAUUAUUCAUGAGAAAGGGCAUCAGAUUCCUAAACUCACAGGUGAUCACAUGGAAACUUUCAUGAAGUUCUUUAACCGAUUCUACGAAGACAAGUUCAACAAGCCUAUGAACUUCGACUUUACUGUGGAUGAAGAAUUUAGAGAGGAAUUUAUUAAGAACUCUGAAUCAAAGCUGAUCACGAAGAAUGCGCUUCAUAAAUUGUAGCUGCUAUCUAUAAUAUUCCCUAGGUUAAUUUCUUAAAAUUUUAGC